UGCUUGCGUGUCUGUGUGUGUGUGCAGGAUGCCAAAAUCAGGAGCUGUAAAAGAAGGGGAGGGGCAAGGAUAGAAGAAAUAGAAAGAGGGAUACAUAGAAGAGAAUAGAGGACAGUGGAGAGUGUACUGAUGCUGAGGAGAAAGCAAGAGUAAAAGGCACACUGAGGAGAGACAGAAAGCGUGAGGUGGAGGAGGAGGAGGAGGAGGAGAAGAAGACGAUCCGCUGAAGGAAGCAGCAGCAUCGGUGAUUAUCAUAGGAGCCAAGGCAGCUGUCCUCUGUUGCUGUGACGAUGGGCUGCUGGCUUUCUGGACCAUGGAUGGGUGACCAAACGAUGAGUGGGCGGAGUCUAGCACACCUGAGCCAACGGGAUGCUCUGCGGAUCCUGGCAGCCAAUCAGCGUCCAAUCACCAUGCAGAUAAAGAGCCAGAGGAGGUGCGGCACCGAGGCAGACAGGGGAUCCUGGGAGCCCCUUCCCCUUGACCUGAAGCACCUCAACCUACCCCUCCCUCUAAUGGGGGCGGGGCUUAACACUUCUAGUCCCUCCUACCAACACAGACAUUAUUACAACCAUCUGUCUCUGCCACAAGAUCACUGUGAUGGCGGACGGUACAGCUACCUGUCUAGUUCCCCACGGGACACAGUGGAUAUUGGCCGCCAGAAUCUAGAAGUAACUGCCCGUCGAUCAAAGGGACACAACUGCCUGAUGGGAUGCUGCAGUAGUAACUUAGAAGAACCCAAUGCCUGCCAUAGUCAGACCGACGAUGAGGAUUUUAUGCUGGAGAAGCCAAUGGGCUUCCUGCCCCUUCACCACGAGCUGGACAGUGGUCUGGGCUGGACAGAUGGCUCCCUUCACCAGGGUGACCUCUCAGGACUGGAGACCGAGGAGGGAGGCCUGGAGGACUGUCAUUCACAUGGUGCCCUCGCCCCAGGAGGGUGUGGGGGUUUUGGAGGUGGCUCUCCUUCCUCAGAGUCCUUCAUUUCCUCAGAGCUCAGCGACUCAGGCUUCUACAGCGUAAGCACUGGGGAGUUCAGGCAUUUCCAGAGGCUGCUGGAGAAACGAAUGCGUCUGUACAAUGCGAGGCUGCAACAUCAGGGCGAACCGUGCGAGAGGCAGGAGCGGCGUGACAGCUGCCCCAAGAGCCACCGUGAGCUGCUGGAGGCCAUACCUGAGGCGCUGACAAUGCAGCCUCAGUGUCAGCAUCUGCAGAUUGGGAUGGAGGAAGGUGCUGGGCCUGUCAUGGACCUCCCAUCCCGUGGACUAGUCAGGGUUUCCUCAGUCCAGUUCCAUAAAGCUGACCGACCCUGUCUGAACCGUCACAGCUCCAGCAGUGGAGCUCUUUUCAACCCCUCCAAUACUCAUGCUGCAGUACCACGAAUGGCAGGCCCCAUCCUCUCAACCUGCAGCACUCCAUCUAGCCACCGGAGACCGCUAGUACCCAUGCAGCACCACCAGGGGUCAAGCUCAGUUGGGAUGCUGAGGAGAAGCAGAACGCUGCAUCAUCGGCCACCUCCACAAGAGUACCGUCGACGAGCCAGCCACCCAGCUUCCCCAUCUUACUGCGCUGCAACCCUGCACCACUGUGGAGGGGUUGCACCACACAACGUCUUGCCGCCGGGCCUGCCAGAGGAAGGUGAGCUAGUGAGAGGUGUGAUGGCUUCCCACCCUGGAAGCAUAGCCCUCUCACCCCAACAACAUGCCACCCCUCUGGGGCACAUCAGAGGUGCCAACAACCACGAGCGAUGCUAUGACAACAACUCCAGCAGCCAGAUCACGCAUCACGAUUGGUGGCACUCACAAGAAAGAAGCUUGAUGCCUGAGCCAAUGUUGACAGAAAGGACCAGAGAGAUAGAGAGGGAACUGGAGCAAAAAAGGCAAAGGCAAAAAGAGAAAGAGAUUGAAAGGGAGAGGGAGAGGGAGACACAAAUUCAGGAGGAGAUGGAAAGGGAAAGGCAGAAAGAGCUUGAGAGGAGCCGAGCCAGAGAGCAACAGCACCUCCAGAGUCUUGUCCACCCUCCUCAGGCCGGUGAUGUCAAUGACACCUGGCCAAAACCCGCCAGCCGACAAUCCCAUGGAAGUGGAGGUGGCAGAGGCCUCUACAGCACGCUGGAAGGCCACACCGGGGCUUGUGCUACAGCUGGACAGGAUGCAAACAAAGGACAAAUUAAUGCAGGUUUAAGCUCUAACCCCAGUUCUGGCAUGCAGUCAAAACUUAAUCCAAACUCUAAACCCAUCGCAACCGCACGGGUCUCCAGGAGCCAGCUGCUCAGAGAUCGAGCCUCUCAGCUAGCGGAUGAACGCAGUGGGAUGAGCACAGAUGAGGAAACCAGCAAUGACAUGCUGCUGGGUCGGUACUGGACUCGAACGGAGAGGAGGGAACAAUUUCUUUUAGCCCGUGAGCAGAGGCAGCAGCUGCAGCUGCAACAGCUGCAGGCCAGAGGAUUGACUGUACGAGAAGCCGUCAGCAGAGGAGCACCCGUGGCAGGAGGAGGUGGAGCCUCCGCCGAUGAUGGAGGCAUACUGGAUAGCAAUGGAGUCAGAGCUUUUGCAGAAGGCAGGUGCAACACGGUGCUGGAGCUGAGUCAGAGGAAGCUGAGUCGUAUGAGGAACAGAAAGCUGUUGGAUGACUGGACGACAGUAGAGGAGCUCCUGACUCAUGGGACCAGGCUGGACAACCAGGAUGACAUGCUGUGUCCCAGCUCCCUGCUGACAGUCACCACUGUCUAAUUGCAUGGACACCAUGUCUAACUGAAACUCUGUGUGUGAAUGUGUGUGACAUUAAUCUAACAAUACAACAUUUUAGCAUAUGUUCUUGUUCUGUCUCUCCAGGGCCAGAUGAGAAGAUGAUAUUAGUUUUAACCACGUGUCCAGUACAGAGAGGGGUCCAGAACAUAUUCAGCCUUGUUCAUCACAGAUUGGCUGCAGCAUUAUACUAUAUUAUACUCUCUUCAUUUAAACAUCCUUCCAUGUUAAGGGGAAAAACACACCAAAACAAACCUUAAAUGUAAAAUAUAAACUUACCUAAAUUUAAAUGGCAUAACAGGUAAAUCAGACCAGAAGAUGUUUUUGCCUAGAUUUAAAGAUUUGUCCUGCUCCCGGUCCUUGUGAUAAGCCAGGCUAAACAUUACAAAGUCCUCCGUGUAUUUUUAAAAUAAUCCAGGUUAACCUGAGGUAUUUACAGCUAAAUAAUCCUGUUAUAUCUCAUCCAGUUUAGUUGGUUUUUGAUCAGCGUUGGAGUCAUUUCGGCUAAUUCAUGUUUGAUAAAUGGAUGACAUAAAUUUUAUGCCAAAUCAAACCCAAAUUAUGAGCCGUGCAUCUCUACAGCUGCAUGGGUCUACGUGACUGUCACACCUCCUCUGCUGGUGCAGAGUGUGUAAUAGCUGCCACGCUCUGCACUACAAUGAAACUGACAUCCAUUUUCUCAAGUCUCCGGGGAAGACAGAAAACAAGAAAAGUUGAAUUGUUCCUUUAAUGAAUGCGUGAAUGGGAGGGAACCUCACUGUCAUUGCUGUACAUCACCUCAACUGAUAGCUUUAUGUGUGGGUGUUUGACCACUGUACAGCACUCUGGACAAAACGUCUGUGUCAGUGUGUGACGCUUGUUAUAACACACAAACGAACAAGGUCAGAUGAGUGUGUUUGUUAGCGUUACGUCUUUCACGCUCCAGCUUAUGCUCCAUUUAUUUCACAGAAGCUCUGAUAGAUUUACAGGCAUUUGGGUUCGCACUU